UAAUCUUUGACGAUGGGUGGACUGCCGAUAGAGAAUACAUCCACAACCAUAUCCUUGUCGAAACUACCAAAAGAUCAGAAGUCAGCUGCAUCUACAAAGUCCGAUUCAAAGCCAAUGAAGAAGAUUUGCUGCGCUUGCCCUGAAACUAGGCAGCUGAGGGAUGAAUGCAUUGUAGAGCACGGUGAAUCCGCAUGUGAAAAAUGGAUUGAAGCUCAUCGUAAAUGCCUUCAAGCUGAAGGCUUCAAGGUCUGAAAUCGGUGAUAGAAGCAGACUUCUAAAAAAGAUCAUGGAGGAUACAAUUUUUUGUAUAAUCCCCAGUUUGUUUUUGGGACCAUACAAGUUCAAUUAGCUAAAUGUUUACAGAUCUUUUAUACAAAGAAUUUAUUUAUCAGAGUUCAAGAAUAAAGCAAGGGAAUUGAAUAAUCGAUUUGCUUGGUCUGGAAAUAUAAUAGACAUUUUCUUGAUUA